UCGCGGGCGCCGCAGACGCCGGUGUCUUCCCAGCGGUCCGGCCCAUGGAAACGGCGGCGCGGGGAGCGCCCCGAGGGGGCGGCGGGGAGCGGCUGCUGGGCGAGCUGGAGGCGCGCGUCCAGGACGUGGUGAGGGCGAGCUCGUGGUGGGAGCGCCACGGCCUGGACUGCUCCAUCCUCGCGCUCAGCCUCCUCGCCCUGCCGCCUGGGUUCCUGUGCCUGCGUUCGGAGAAUGUCCUGGUCUUUGUCCUGGGCAUCACCAUCCUGGGUGUGUGCCACUACACGCUCACUGUCAAGGGCAGCCACCUGGCCACGCACGGUGCCCUCACUGAGUCCAGACGCUGGAGCAAGAUCUGGGCACAUUUCUUCGUGGAGGUGUGCACGGCCUUCCCCGCCGAGGACGCCCGGUACGGGCACGUCAAAAUGCACCACGGCUACACCAACGUGCUGGGCCUCGGGGACUCAAGCACCUGGAGGCUGCCUUGCCUCAACCGCUACGUCUACAUGUUCCUCGCGCCUCUCCUGAUCCCCAUCAUCACGCCCCUGGUGGCGGUCGAGCGGCUGAGGAAGGUGAGGCUCGGGGCAGCUCUGCGGGCGCUGGGCCUGAUCUCCCUGGGCCUUUAUUCUCACUACUGGCUGCUCCGGCACAUGUCUGGCUUCCGGAGCCCCGCCUCGGCCCUGGCCUGCAUGCUCUGCACCAGAUCCCUGCUGGCCCACCCCUACCUCCACGUUAACGUCUUCCAGCACAUCGGGCUGCCCAUGUUCUCCCGGGACAAGAAGCCCCGCCGGAUUCACAUGAUGAGCCUGGGGGUGCUUAACCUGCCCCGGCUGCCCGUGCUGGACUGGGCGUUCGGCCACUCCAUCAUCAGCUGCCACGUGGAGCACCACCUGUUCCCCACGCUCUCCGACAACAUGUGCCUAAAGGUGAAGCCCGUGGUGUCCCAGUUCCUGCGGGAGAAGCAGCUGCCUUACAACGAAGACACCUACCUCGCUCGCUUCCGGCUGUUUCUCAGUCACUACGAGGAGCUCCUGGUGCACGCGCCUCCCAUCACUGAGCUGGCGGGGCUGCAGUGAGGGCGCUGACACGUCCCCCUGCUCCCCUGCCCCAGCCCAUCCCAGACCUGCUUGUCACUCCCCGGCUGGGCUGCUGGUGGCAUUGGGAGGGCAGAGAGCCAGGGAGCUGGUGUUUCUCUGGGCUUUGCGGGGUGUAUGGAGGAGAGGGGUGUCUGGAGGAGAGGACUAAAGGUGGCUGGGCAUUCUGGGGAUUCUGGGCAACCUCAUCUCAGGACUACACAGCUGGGCUCCUCCCCGGCUUGGCCUGAGCCUUGGUAGGGCUAAGGGAGGGUGACCAGGUGAGGAGGGGCCUGUGCAGGGGGCAGACAAGGAGGGGGCAUCGAGAGAGCAGGUCGGCCCUCAACUAGGGUCUCCCUGGCACUGGGAGAGUCAUAUACGCAGCUGGCCACCGCUUCUUCCUGUGCCCCGGGAGCCUUGGGCCUCUAAGGAGCCCUCUCGCAGGGACCACGGGGAGGUGACUUUGGCAGGAUCUUCCCAGCUUCCGGGCCAGAGGAGCCUGUGCAAGACACUGGCUCAGCAGCUCCCAGGAGCCGCAGCCUCAGGGAGAGCAGAGUUUGUGCUUUAUAAAUAAAGAGGACAUUCCCGGUUCAGGAAGUAAGGGGAGCAAGAGUAUAAAUAGCUUUGAGUGUGAUCUUGGCUAGCUCCCGAAGUCUGCCUUGUUCCAUGACAUUUAGAAGGAGAGGACCUGGAAGAAUUAUCAGAGAGAGAGAGAGAGAGAGAGAGAGAGAGAGAGAGAGAGAGAGAGAGAGAGAGAGAUUACUGGGAAGGUAACAGGUCAGGGGGUGAUGGGCACAGGGUCUGGAGGGCAGUGACUUUAGAGAGGAAAGGAAGGAGGAGAAGGAGGUGAGGUGCAGACACAAGUCUAGGGCUGGGCCGGGCAAGCGUCGUCCGCAGCCCGGGAGCCAGCUGCACGGGCAGACUUGAGAGAGGGCCCGAGCUGCCCUGGCUGGGCUGGAAGAGGAGGUGCAGGAAGGGCCCAGCUGGAGGCCGAGGAAGAACAGAGAAGGGGGCCGGAGCGCAGUUUAACCAGCGUUUCCCCUCCGCACUAUGACACAUUGCCGGGAAUGCUCUGUCGAUGGGCCUGUCCGGUGCAUUGCAGGGUGGUCAGCGGCACCCCUUGCUUCUCCCCGCUACGUGCCCAGAGCCCAAGUGGUGACAAUCACACAUGUUGGCAGACACUGAUGAGAACCACCCCUGGUUGACAGCAUAAAUCAUGAUCUGAGGGCAGACCCGCCUUGGUUUGCAGUGAGUUCCUUGGGGCGGGUGAAAGGCACGUGGACCCUGUUGAUGGGCUAAGUCAGUGAACGGGAUUGGCGGCAGGGUCAGAUGGCAGCUGAGAGGCAUUCUCUAGGCCUGGUCCUGUCGGAGAACCCACCUCUGGUGUGGCCUGAGGUGGCUCUGCUGGGUGGCUGCCAUCCGCCCCUCCCCGUCCUUCCCCCACUCCUCUCCACCCUGCCCCUCACACCCUCUCCUGAAGCUGCAGCUCUCACUGCCUGCCACAGCCCCUGCCUUCGCUCCUUCGGGGCGGGG